AUGGGUGCUGAAUGGUUAACAGUAAGAAGCGCUGCCGCCCGGCGGGAACUAAUCACGCCGGGGUACGACAUCCACCUCACACUCCAGCAACCCCCUCCUCAACGAAUCAUGACGCCACGAUCCACGAAGCAAAGUGGUUUGGCUUCAUUAGCCUGUACCGAGUGUCGCAAGCAACAUCUAAAAUGUGAUGCGAAGAAGCCAACAUGCUCGCGUUGCUUGCAAAAUGAGUACUUCUGCCAAUACCUUCCAUCCCGACGAGGCGGCCGCAGGAAAACCCGGAAUGAACCAGUUCGGCGGGCUUCGUUUCGGCCCCAAGAGCAAAUCGAGACUUCCCUUGUUCUCCCUAUUGAAGCCACUGGUCAGCCCAACACCCCUGACAGUACGUCAAUUCCCAGCGCAUCUAAUGGGGUAGGCGUUCCAUCUGGUCAUGUCCCAUGGCCUAUGAUACCCCUACGAAAUGAUCUCCACCAAUCAAGAACAGAUGCAGUCCGCGAAUCUUGGUUUCAUGAUGACCGGUUUCUGCGACUAUUCUACGAGAACUUCCAUGCUGCUCACCCUAUUCUCGUUCCAAGUGCAGUUUAUCAUGACCGCCAGUACCCCGACUUUCUUCAAAUGGUGGUCCAUUUUGUUGGCUCCCAUUACAUCUCUUCAGUCCCGAAUCAACAGUACAAGGAUAAAGUCAUUGCAGAAUUGACCUGCAGCCCUGACCGAUCACCUUGCAUGGUUCAGGCUUGGCUUAUCUAUUCAAUCGCCGUUUAUGCUCGUGGCGAAUGGCAGGAGGCCCAGGAUGCCUUUGCUCACAGUGUGCAUAUAGCCCUAGAGCUUGGCAUGAACCGAAGGGACUUUGCAUCGUCAGCUAACCCUGAGACUUCCAUCGAGGCUGAAAGUAUGCGAAGGACUUGGUGGGAGCUGUAUAUCACAGAGAUAUUCAUGGCCGCACCUUUCAAAAACACGACUUUCCAGUGUAGCACGAUGGCACCGGAGGUGGCCCUCCCUUGCGAAGAUUCGGUUUACACUGGCACUGGCUCAUGCGAAAUCCCAACACCUCGCAAGAUUCUUGAUUUCAAGCGCAGGGUAUUCGCACCCGACGAGACAAUAUUUUCAUCGUCUAGUUAUCGUAUCGAGGCCGCAACCAUAUUAUGUCGAGCCCUCGUCUUGAACGGGCUCCGCGACUAUCAUCGCGACCAUCUGCAAGCUGUUGAGAAUGCACUUGUUAGUUGGAUCAAUCACCUACCACCUAAAAAACUGGAUAUCGUCGACUCGUAUGGAAACAUUGACGAAAUGAUGUUCCAGGCACACAUGUCCAUUGCCUAUGCGACCAUGUUACUGCACCUGCCACGAAGCGAUCUACAGCCUGUAUUGUCACAAUCCGAUGAUCAAUUCUGGCCCGUUGCUACACGCCAUCUAGCAUCAACACUGAACCGCUCAAUACACAGUAUCAAGGCUACCGAAGCCUCUCGGCGUCUUUCCGACGCAAUUUCACUUUGUCCCAAUGUCCCAAAACAUACCCCUUUCGCAAUUCCCGCAUUAGCCUUGUGCGGUAUGAUCCAACUCGCCACGUCCAUCAAGCACACCGAGGAGUGUUUUGAUCAUCAUUACAACCGUGUGACUCUUAUCCUUGGAUGCUUGAAAAGUACCAAGCGGAUAUGGAAUUUGGCAGACGCGGCCUACCAUCAUUUGAGAACCUCAGCAGCAGAUAACCUGUCGGACUCGAUGGAGCGUUGGUGUACAGAACCUCCUAAGAAACUGUUCCCAUCAGACUCAACACCGAGUAGCACAGAGCGUUUAAAUCAGCCUACACGACCAACCUCCGCAGUGUCGGAUGGCCAGGAAAUGCUGUUUCCUCCUCUUGGAUCAGCCUUUGUUGACCCAACUUGUUACAAUGACUCCUUUUUCACAUCGCUCCCGGACUUCGAUAUCCAUUAA